GCGCCAUGGGACAUCAGUGCUCUCAUUAUAACCCACGAUGAAGAUGCCGAGCCAAGCAGCUAGUCGAAGCUAACUGAGAAAACAAAGCACCAAACAUGAAAAUAAGAGGUUUUUGAAGUUUGGUGCUCAGCAAUGCAAUAGUAGCUAUGGGACAGAGUAUGUGCAUAUGCUCCCGUGGAUUCAUCACAGUAGAUAACAAGAAAUACUACUUUGUUCAGAAGCUAGAUGAAGGUGGAUUCAGUUACGUGGAUCUGGUGGAAGGUGUAAAAGAUGGGCACUUUUAUGCCCUGAAGAGGAUCCUGUGCCAUGAUCGUGAGGGACGGCAGGAGGCACAGAUGGAGAUCGAGAUGCACCAAAUGUUUAACCAUCCAAACAUCUUGAGUCUGGUGGCACACACUUUUGUCGAACGUGGCGGCAAAACUGAAGCAUGGUUACUCCUCCCUUACAUGAGUAAGGGAAGUUUGUGGUCAGUUCUUGAGAAACUAAGAGACAAAGGAAGUUUAAUGCCUGAAAAACAAAUUCUGCAAAUUUUUCGAGGUAUCUGUGCUGGACUUAAGGCAAUCCAUGAGAGGGGCUAUGCACACAGAGACAUAAAACCUACAAAUGUGCUUCUGGAUGAAAAUGACAAGCCAGUAUUGAUGGAUAUGGGAUCGAUGAACCGAGCCAGGAUAGAGGUCAGAGGAAGCAGGGAGGCAAUGAGCAUUCAGGACUGGGCAGCACAGCGCUGUACUAUUUCGUACAGAGCUCCUGAACUGUUCAAUGUGGAGAGCCACUGCAUUAUUGAUGAGCGCACUGAUAUCUGGUCACUCGGCUGUGUGCUGUAUUGUAUGAUGAUGCAGGAGGGACCUUAUGACCUCAUCUUUCAAAAAGGCGACAGUGUGGCCCUCGCCGUGCAGAACCCAGUGACCAUCCCACAGUCUUGUCGUUACUCUGAGGGCCUGAAAGUCCUGCUGAGCUCCAUGAUGGUGACAAACCCUCAGGAGAGACCAAACAUCAGCUGGGUCUUGGACCAGGUACAGGACCUACAGAGCUGCAGCCCCAACACUCAAACCAACAUGGUCUGAUGAAGCUCUGUCUUUGUACCUUCAUACCUCUUGUUUUAAGGACAGUGGAUAUUGAUGGUACUCUUUGUAAUGCCUGUAAUUAUAGCCUUGUUUUUAACAUUAAGUGCUAUUUGUUUUGACAUGUUAUUUUUGUGAUUUGUCAAUCAUUUUAUGAAAAACUUUACCUCUUGUCCUUUUAUUGAAGUGACCUAAAUGUAUACAUUUUUACAUGAUUUACAUUCCCUGGAUUAUGGAGUUUCAAAUGUGUAUAUAUAUAUUUUAUUUUUUAUUUUGAGUGUCGUUCAUGUGCAGUGCUGCUUUUAAACACAUGGUGGGGCUGCAUCAUCAAGUUUGCCAUAGACUGAAUCAGAAUCAGAAGACUUUUAUUGCCAUAGUCUGUGAACACAGUUCACAAACUAGGAACUUGCUUUGGUGAAAAAGUGCAACAUAAACACACUUAAUAAAUACAAAUGCAAAUCAGGGCAUGCACAAAGUUAAAAAGAUAUGCUUAAAAAAUCAAAUGAAAUACUUAAAGGGAGAAAAUAUAUACAACAGCAGCAUCAGAACAACAGUGCAAAGUGGCUUAUUAAAGUGACCGGUGAAGACAUCAUGAAAAAAAUCAGUUCAAGCUGAUUUUGAAUCUUUAUGUAAAAUGUAUUUCAUUGCUUGGAUUGUUCAAAUAGGAACACCUUGAAUGUUGCAUUGUCUCAAUAAUAACCACAGACUACACUUUUUUUUGCAUUUUUGGACAGGCAUCACAGCAGUACUAUAGCGAGAAUCAAGCCUCAAAUAUGGUUUAUACUUUUAUUUUUUACCCUUUAAUUCCUGAAAUAUAAUAAGUAUUGUUUUGUUCAGUUUUCUCAGGGUUCACUGAAAUCUCAGUAGUAUGUUUUUAAAAUCUUUUGGUUGGUUGUAUGAUGAUUUGGAGCAUUUAUUUCAAUCCUUAAUGCUUUUUUAUGACAGCGACUUGGACCUUAAUAGACACUUGGUGGUAAAAUUGUACAUUUGACUGUUGAAAGUUAAACCUAACGACAUAUUUAUUGGAUAUGUCACAUGACUUUGUUGUGUACUUGUUUGUUAAUACAGGUAUCACCCUGAUGAUAAAUUAAAGCUUUGCAUUUGAG